CGGGCGAGAGUGCGUCGCUGGAUGCUCUUGCUUGAUUCUUGGAAGAGGCAGUGCGCCAAGCUGACCCGGAAGCUUUCUGGUCGGAACAGAGAGGAGCGCCGUCGAGACCGUAGGGACUCUGUUGACAGGGAGCCUCAGGCGGAGACGUCCUCGAGACAGGAGGGACCGAGAUUUGAGCUGGGACAGGGGUCCGGUGUUGGUGCUCAUCAGAAGCACUCUGAUGUUGAGUGGGGAGCUUCCCCUUUUGUACAUGUUGACCCCACCAGGCAUUCAUUCGGAGGUGCUAGCGGUUCACGGCCCUUUGUUCCUCCUUCCGGCUACUACUUCGGAGGAAGUGGUCCUCAGCCUUGGGGUGCAGGUUCAUGGGCUUGCUACGCGGAGAUGGAUAGGAUGCGCCAGGCUCAGAUGUAUGGGUCGUAUCCGUAUAUGCCGAUGCCGCCGCCGUAUCAGUAUUCCUCCCCUCAGCAGGGAGUUCAUCCCUCCACUGGCACACUUGGUAUCUCGGAGCAGGAUCCUAGUACCCCUAGGACGGAGAUGGAUCAGGAGCUGGAGCGCCUUAGGAGGCGUAAUAGGGACAAGGCACCUGUGGUUGACGUCACUGCUGAUGACGACUCAGACUGACCCUGCAUGGUAGCGAGUUCCAGCUUGCCUGGGUUGAUUUUGUAUAGGCUAGAUGUAUUGUAUUUGUAUGGAUUGAAACUUGAAUUUUUGUGUGGUUUGUAUGGUUUGUAUGGUUUUGAACUUGAAUUGGUUUGUAAAAUUUGAAGAUUGGCUUUUGUAUGUUU